GCCAUGGCGCUGAGCGAGCUGGCGCCGCUCCGCUGGCUGCGCGAGGGCCGCCACUCCAGGAAGCUCAUCCUGUUCAUCGUGUUCCUCGCGCUGCUGCUGGACAACAUGCUGCUCACCGUCGUGGUCCCCAUCAUUCCCAGUUAUCUGUACAGCAUUAAGCAUGAGAAAAAUGUGACAGAAAUCCAGACGCCCAGUCCAGCGCUCCUGGCCUCCACCUCUGGAAGCUUCCAGAGCAUCUUUUCCUACUAUGACAACUCCACCAUGGUUACUGGGAACAGCACCGGAGACCAUCUGAAGAGGCAGCCCCAUAAAGCCACCACUACCCUGCACAUGGUGACCAACACGUCCACCGCCCCUUCCGACUGUCCCAGUGAAGACAAAGACCUCCUGAAUGAAAACGUGCAAGUCGGCCUGCUGUUCGCCUCCAAAGCCACCGUCCAGCUCCUCACCAACCCUUUCAUAGGGCUGCUGACCAACAGAAUCGGCUAUCCAAUUCCCAUGUUUGCAGGAUUUUGCAUCAUGUUUAUCUCUACAAUUAUGUUCGCCUUCUCUAGCAGCUACGCCUUCCUGCUGAUCGCCAGGUCCCUGCAGGGCAUCGGCUCCUCUUGUUCCUCUGUGGCUGGGAUGGGCAUGCUUGCCAGUGUGUACACAGAUGACGAAGAGAGGGGCAACGCCAUGGGCAUCGCCUUGGGAGGCCUGGCCAUGGGGGUCCUAGUGGGACCCCCCUUUGGGAGCGUGCUUUAUGAGUUUGUGGGAAAGACCGCCCCAUUCCUGGUGCUGGCUGCCUUGGUGCUCUUAGAUGGAGCGGUUCAGCUGUUUGUGCUCCAGCCAUCCCGGGUGCAGCCAGAGAGUCAGAAAGGGACACCCCUAACCACACUGCUGAAGGACCCCUACAUCCUCAUCGCUGCAGGCUCCAUCUGUUUUGCCAAUAUGGGGAUUGCCAUGCUAGAGCCCGCCUUGCCCAUCUGGAUGAUGGAGACCAUGUGUUCUCGAAAGUGGCAGCUGGGCGUGGCUUUCUUGCCAGCGAGUAUCUCUUAUCUCAUUGGAACCAAUAUUUUUGGGAUACUGGCACACAAAAUGGGAAGGUGGCUUUGUGCUCUGCUGGGAAUGACAGUUGUUGGAAUUAGUAUUUUAUGUAUUCCUUUUGCAAAAAACAUCUAUGGACUCAUUGCUCCCAACUUUGGAGUUGGUUUUGCGAUCGGGAUGGUGGACUCCUCGAUGAUGCCCAUCAUGGGCUACCUCGUAGACCUGCGGCACGUGUCCGUCUAUGGGAGUGUGUACGCCAUUGCGGAUGUGGCCUUCUGUAUGGGUUAUGCUAUAGGUCCUUCUGCUGGUGGUGCUAUCGCGAAGGCCAUUGGAUUUCCAUGGCUCAUGACAAUUAUCGGGAUAAUCGAUAUAGCUUUUGCUCCUCUUUGCUUUUUUCUUCGAAGUCCACCUGCCAAGGAAGAAAAAAUGGCUAUUCUCAUGGAUCACAACUGCCCAGUUAAGACAAAAAUGUACACCCAGAAUAAUAUCCAGUCCUACCCGUUAGGCGAUGAUGAGGAAUCUGAAAGUGACUGAGACUCUCUAAGUCAUCCGAGUGUUUAACUGUAUUAGAAGUGUUUCCAGUGAAAUGACUCGUACAGAGUUGUCUUAGUCACACACCAUCCAUCCCUGGCAAAGAGUAAAACAACCAAAGGUGAUUCUUUCUUUCCAUGGUUAUGAACGACUGCCAACAGCCUUAUAAAGAAAAAGCGGCUUUUCUAGUGGUUUGUAUAAAUAGUGUUGAAAACUUUAUUUUAUGUAUUUGAUUUUAUUAAAUAUUAUACAAUAUAUUUUGACGAAAUAGGUAUAUUGUAAAUCUAUAAAUAUUUGAAUCCAAAUCAAAUAUAAUUUUUUAACUUACAUUCACAAACACUUGGACAAAAAAUCUAUUUUUUCUGAAUAUUGGUAAUGAGUGUUUAGAGCACACAUUAUCUGAGACUUUUCCAACAAGAAACUAGAAGUCUGAAAAACAACCAUGUUAAGACAGCAUGUUAAGGACCAACACUGACAGAGUGUUAACUUGUAGUUAGUACUGAUAUAUUUUUGAGUCAAACUGAGUUAUCCCAAGUGCAAGACAAGAAACUGAGUUAGUCAUCUUUUGGAGUUAUAAAUCUUCACCAGCAUUUGUUUUCUAUAAUCACUCACCUGGAGAGGAAAUGGUACAUUAUGUUUCUAUGUCAUGUGGUUGGAAAGGAACACAAAAUCCAGAGAAAAAGGAACACAAAUCCAGAGAAAAACAAUGUUCUAAAUGUAGGGAAAAGCUCUCUAAUGUAGUUUUGAACUUCAAGUUUUCAAGACGCAUGCUUGUCUUAUUGAGUGAAAAUGUAGGGCAUCUGUACCUUAAACUGUCAAGGUUGUCUAAGCAUGGUUAGGCUUAUCAACACCUAGUUCAAGUUCUAGAAAAAGAAACUUACAAGACUAGUAGCUGCUAUAUCUUGAAAAAUAAAACUUUUAACUAUGACUUCUAUGCAGGUCAUCCGAGUGUUUUUCUAGGGAUCUAUUACUUUUGAAAUUGUUUGCAGCUAUUAUUUUCUAGCCUCUGGAAAGUGACACCAGUGUGUGAAGGCAAGUUUUAAACAGAUCAAUGAACUUGUCUUUAAUUAUGUUAGGAAAACAGAUAAAAGAUAAUUGGGUGGCCAGGAUGUGUACCGCCUUUCCCAGAGAGAAAAGAACAUCCAAACAUCUAAAAAUAUAUGUUUGCCUUAUCAUCUGUGUGCAAGGUAGUGUAACUUUUCUAAGCAUGGCAACAUUGAUGAAUUUUCAGUGUACCAGCAAAUGCUAUUUGUGAACAGUCAAUCUACGUCACUUUGUAUAAGACUGGAAUGUGAUGAUUGUGUGUGUGUGUGUGUGUGUAUGUGUGUGUGUGUGUGGGCUAUAUUUCAAAUGCUUGUUGAUUCUGUGGUCGUGUAAUCAUGAACAAAAAUUUCCUAAUGUCAGUUUUGCUAAGCUGAAAUUGUGUUUGUGUUAACUUGGACAUCAAGAAGCACAGAACUUUAGAAUAUUCUUCAAUCAAAUUAACUAUUACACUCUCUAGGAAAGCAGCCAACAGUUCUUUUGUUUUAUCAAGCUUUUGUGUGGGUGGUAGUUGCUCUGUAGUCUGGUGUGUAAGUGCAGUGCGUUUGACAGCAACAGGCUUUGUAUUCAAUAACAUUGGACAGUUAUACAAGUCUGCAACUUUGGAAGGUGGCAAUGAAGGAGCUCCUUGUAUGGGUAAAAAAAAAAAGGUAGCAUUGUUCUACUUCAAAGGAAAGCCUUAAAAACAAGUGCUAUAAAUUGAUUCUCUUGUUUGUGGUUCUUCCUAUUUUUGCCUUUGUGGCUUCAGCUUCUUCUUAAAGAGUGACUGGCAAAGAUAUACCUGCUGUUGAUUCUUAGGGAAAAAAUAUAUUUUGUUCCCUCUGAGCUGUUUGGGAAGCAAAAUAUAUGUUGUAUCUGGGAAAAACCCAAACACCUUUAGUUAAGGUCUUUUAUAUGACUAAUGUCUGGGUUAAUAAGACUCUGAAAACAGGUGU